AUGAUGACCGGUGUCAACGGUGUAAAGGCGCCCAAGCCCGUCUUCCCUGCAGAGGCAGCUUCGAAGGAGUAUGCGGCCUCCCUUGAUGCUGCAGACCCUCUACGGGACCUGCGCGACCAGUUCAUCAUCCCGUCCAAGGCGAAUCUGGCAACGAAGAAGCUGGCCAAACCAGGAUUGUCGGAGGACUUGAGCAUUUAUUUCUGCGGCAACUCUCUCGGCCUGCAGCCCAAGGCUGCGGCCAGGUAUAUGGAAGCGCAGCUGGACACAUGGGCGUCCAUCGGCGUCCGUGGCCAUUUCAAUGCUCUUGAAGACUCUCCACUGAAGGAGUGGCAGCUCCUGUCCGAGCAGGCUGCGGCGUCCAUGGCUAAGAUCGUCGGUGCGGCGCCAGAGGAGGUUGCAGCCAUGGGCACGUUGACCAUGAACCUUCACUGUUUGCUUGCCAGCUUCUACAAGCCGACUGAGACGAAGCGCAAGAUUUUAAUGGACUGGAAGGCCUUCCCUAGUGAUCAUUACGCAAUCGAGUCGCACAUUGCCUGGCAUGGCCUCGACGCAAAGGAGAACAUGGUUCUUAUUGGCCCCGACGAGGGCGAGUAUGAGAUCUCGACGGAGAAGAUCUUGGGCUAUAUCGACAAGCAUGUCAGUGACGCAGCGCUCAUUCUCUUGCCUGGCAUCCAGUACUACACGGGUCAGCUAUUUGACAUGCCCCGAAUCACCAAGUAUGCCCAAGAACGCGGUUUGACUGUUGGCUGGGACCUGGCCCAUGCGUACGGCAAUGUCGAGUUGAAGAUGCAUGAGUGGAAUGUCGAUUUCGCCGCCUGGUGUACGUACAAGUACGGCAAUGCAGGACCCGGUGCGAUGGGUGGAAUAUAUGUGCACGAGAAGCAUGGGCAAGUAGACUACAGCGCUGGAGAGGAUGCUCCGAAGUUCCGGCAUCGCUUGACGGGGUGGUAUGGUGGCGAUCGGUCGGUGCGCUUUAAGAUGGACAACAAAUUCAAGCCAAUCCCCGGUGCUGGAGGCUUCCAAGUCUCCAACCCCUCAGUCAUCGACCUCACCACCCUCUGCGCUUCCCUGUCUGUCUUCGAUCAGACAUCGAUCCCCGCCCUGCGCCAGAAGUCUCUCAAGCUGACUGCGUAUCUGGAACAUCUGCUCCUCAAAGACACCACAGAUGAGACGCGCCAGUUCACCAUCAUCACUCCAUCAGAUCCCCAUGCGCGGGGUGCCCAGCUGAGUCUCCUCCUCAAACCUGGCCUCCUGCACACCGUGGCCCAGCGUCUUCAGGAUGCAGGAAUCAUCUGCGACAAGCGAGAGCCAGAUGUUGUCCGUGUUGCUCCUGUGCCUUUAUAUAACACUUUUAGUGAAGUGUGGAAGUUUGUGCAGGUGCUCAAGGGUGCGUUGGGAGAGGGAGCUGCUUCUGGCUUGGCUGAUGGCUUGGCGUCUACAUCUAUUACUUCUUGA